AUGGUCAUCGCGGAACAACUGUCGCAGAACCCCAACCUCAACAUUGUCUUGCUCGAAGCUGGGCCUGAUGGAACCAACGAGCCUCUUAUGAACACCCCUGCAUACGGACCCCGAAUGACAGGUACAAGAUAUGUGUGGAACUUCACUUCGCAGCCAGACCCCAAUCUUGGUGGCCGCACACCUGAACUCGCUCAAGGUCAUGCUUUGGGCGGCGGUAGUGCUGUGAAUUACAUGGCAUACUGUCGAGGAUCACCAUCAGUUUUUGACGACUGGGCCCGCAUUUCUGGUAAUGUAGGACUCAAGUGGAAAUCGCUUCUGGCGGAUUUCAAGGCUACAUCACAUUACAAAGCACAGCGUUCAGUCCACGACCAGUAUACCGACACCGGGAGCAGGAGACGCCACCGUUGGCUUGUCCAAACAGCGUCAUGUCUCUGUCCUCUGCGUCUACGCCGAGUUCAAGCAUUUCGCUCGUUUCGCAUGCUAACACUCAACGAAAUUUUCUGA